UAAAUCAAGCUAUAUUUAAUGGAGUUGAAAUAUAGCGAUGGAUUCCGCUAACGUAGGAUAUUCGUAUCAUUUGCCAUUGGGCGGCUGGAAUUACAAGAUCCGUAACACGCUGUCGCAGUUCAGCGAUUUGUUUAGCGAAUUCAAUAAAUAUAUCGCCCCCGCAUAUCACCACGAUCGUUGUGAAAGAUCAGUUCAAAUGCGAGUAUACUCGAUGCACAAAGGCGAGUUUGUGAUGGUAUUUGUAGCGUUUUUCGCUUGUUUUGGUUUGGGUGUUUUCAUAGGAUUAGCAGGCCCCUCACCAACAUCGACCACGUCAGUCCCGGCCACAAACGCGCUCGCCAACGCGAGUAACAUAUACCAGGGACCCUUCCACCUGCGAAGCCCAGCGCUGGGCACGCGCGUCCAACAGUUGUGGCUGCUAGCCGAAAUACUGACUGAUAACAACGAUGAGGAGAUAUUCGACAAAAGCUUCCAAAUUAGUAUAUCUAUAGACGGAGUAUUAGGAGACCAUAGUACCGUAAAUCUUGUUCCUGAGAGUGAAAGUACAAACAGAACUCAGCAUUUGAGGUGCAAGAAGCAAGUAUGUGAAGAAGUGAUGGUAUUGCACCUCGGAUCUCUGGAGUACACGCAUUAUGUCCUCAACAUACGCUUCUACGGACUCAAAGAGUUCCACAAGCGCUAUUGCAUUAGGGAAAUUGUUUUCUAUUUCAAAACGUACAACCCAUCGUUCACGCAAUUAGAAACGUGGUUCAGAUUUAUUUUUCUAUUGACAACUUUCAUUAUAUCGUGCUGGUUCGCCCAUUCACUUAGAAAAUACGCGACUCAAGACUGGGCUAUCGAACAAAAGUGGCUGUCAAUAUUGUUACCAUUGCUACUACUUUAUAAUGAUCCAAUAUUCCCGCUGCGGUUAGUGUCGGCGGGGUGGUUCGCCCCACUCGCAGACACGGCGUUACAGACCACGUUCUUGGCCGCCAUCUUGUUGUCCUGGCUCGCACUUUACCACGGUCUCAGACAGAACGAGCGAAGUUUCCUGUCGUUCUACGUGUUCAAGCUGGUGGUAGUGGGGAUGGUAUGGCUACCAGCGAUGGUGGUAGCUGUGUGGCAGAAGUACUACGCCUUCGAUGAUCCCACAUACAACUAUACUACGAACCCCAACUAUCCCAUCAUUAAGAUAAUGUUCUUCAGCGCGGUCACGCUGUACUUCCUCUACCUACUAGUUCUGAUAGUAAAAGCCUACAGUGACCUAAGAAAUAUGCCUUUUUUCGAUAUCCGUCUUCGGUGCCUGUCAAUAGUAGUAGGAACAGUGACAUGUAUCACGACCAUAUUAGCGGUGCAGGGAUGGGGUCCAGCGGCUUUACAGGACCACUGGGCGUCGCAGCCGAAGGUCCAUUACGACACCUCGGCACCUUUCAUGGCCCUCUAUGGACUCUUCAACUUUAAACUGUACAUCUUAGCGUAUCUUUUCUCACCUGGAGGAAACUCUAUUCAUGAAACGUCCAUAACGAAAGACAACCCGGCAUUCUCAAUGAUAAAUGACUCUGAUGAGGAAGUAAUCUAUGGCUCGGAUGAGGAAAGCCGCCGUCCGCUUACCUCCAACCACAGAGUUAGCGACGAGAUAUGACUCCAUAGACAAACCUAUUUUUUUCAUAUAUGUACUUUUUCUUGUUAUACAAUUA